CAUCGCGAGAGCUGAGAGUUGCCUUUUGCCUGCAUUCUGAAGUUGCAGAAGUGGCUAGCUAUGUUAUCUGCGUUAUCACAUUCGUCGGUGUUUGUUUAGUGAGGUAGACAGUUGCAUCGAGUAGAAUCGGUUCACAAGUCUCUACAGUCUCGCUGUCACUGUCUCGCUAGGUAACGUUAGAGACACUAAUUUGACUUUGACGAUGGAAUUGCUGGAUAUUCUACCGCCUAGAUUUGGCUAUGUCAUAUUGACAUAUUUAUAUAGCUGGAUAAUGUUGACGUAUCUAGGAGUCAAGGUUGGCGGAGCGAGAAAGAAAUACAAUGUUAAGUAUCCCACAAUGUACAGUGACAAGGAACAGGUUUUCAACUGCAUCCAAAGAGCGCACCAAAACACCCUGGAGGUGUACCCGCAGUGGCUGGUCUUCCAGACAAUCGCUGCCCUCGUUUACCCGACUGCGGCUGCAGUGUUGGGAGCCAUUUGGGUCACCAGCAGGUUCUCGUAUGCCUGGGGUUACUACACCGGUGAUCCCGCAAAGAGGAUGCACGGUGUUUAUGGAUACAUUGGCCUGUUUGGAGUCAUUUUCCUCUCAAUUUCAAUCGCAUUGCAGCUACUGGGAAUCAUCUAAACCUGACCACUGGCAUCAUAACAGCACGGCUUUACUGCAGCCAUCAAAGUCCGCCAUCGGACGCGGAGGGAACAAAUCCAUUCUAAUCAAUGACAGCGGCUCCACUGUAGCCAUCGCGUCACGUUCGAUCGCGACGUGAAAGUUAGAGAAUCACCGAAGUUAAUUUCUCGAUGGUUGACGCGCGCGUUAAUUUCCAUAUCCUGAAUUGAUUUUAAUGAGAGAAUUUAGUUGUUCAGCUUGUUUUUAAACUCCAUUUUAAGUGGGUGGCUAUUCAUGUCGGAUACGUCAUCACAGUCUGUAAUUUAGCCAGCUAGCUAAUUUAGCUGGUUACAACUGAACCAGGGCAUCGUUGCUUAAUCCAAUGAGUGAAAAAUAUCAUAGCUUUCGACAGCCCAAUGUAAAGUGAGCGAGCAAAACACAAAAGUAGGCUGUCAGAUUUAUUGAUGAUGGCGAUGGCUGCAGUGGAGUUGAAUAUACCGCCCUCUUUAAUCUCCCGUGCCCUCUGCACUGUAUUGCUGUAAUCACUGUGAACUUGAUUGUAAUCACUAUGUUCUCAAGCUGUGAAAUAAUUUAGCUCCAGCAGUAAAAAUAUAACUGCCCAAUAAAAACCUCAACAGAAA